CGUGCGGCUCUGGCCGUAAAUGAGUGGCGCGCGGAGAGGACUUGCACUCACGCCCUUGCGCGAGCUGAGCGAGCGUGGAGUUGGAGGACUUUAAAAAGCCGAGUAGUGCGCGCGCGUGCUGGGAUGACUCGGCGCACCAGAGCACGCGAGUGAGCAUGCUGCCCUGCACAGCUGCACCAGCGGCUCGCGUUCAUACGGCAGCCAUGCCGCUGAACUCAGGUAUGGCGAGUAAGAAUUAUGACUACGACUACGAUUCUUACCAACCUUACUUCUACUUCGACAACGAGGACGAGGACUUCUAUAAGCAGCAGCACGGUCCGCCUCAGCCGCCGGCGCCCAGUGAGGAUAUAUGGAAGAAAUUUGAGCUGCUCCCGACGCCCCCGCUCUCUCCAAGCCGGCGACCCUCCAUCUCGAGUCAGUUUCCUUCCACCGCAGACCAGCUGGAGAUGGUGACGGAGUUUCUCGGGGACGACGUGGUCAGCCAUAGUUUUAUCUGCGAUGGGGACUACUCGCAGUCUUUCCUGGAGUCUAUCAUCAUCCAGGACUGCAUGUGGAGCGGGUUUUCCGCGGCGGCCAAGCUGGAGAAGGUGGUAUCGGAGAGACUGGCGUCCCUGCAAGCUGCAAGGAAGGAGUCUGUAACGAGCGAGUGCACGGACCCCAGCCCGUGCCGGCUCGCUUCGAGCCUCGGCUACCUGCAGGACGUCCACACCCCUGCGUCGGAGUGCAUCGACCCCUCCGUGGUCUUCCCCUGUCCGCUGACCGACUGCUCCCGGUUAAGCAGGUCGGUCCCGCCGGCUUUUCGGCUGGAUACUCCGCCCAACAGUGGGAGUAGCAGCAGCAGCAGCAGUGAUAGUGAUUCCGAUGAAGAGGAGGAAAUCGACGUGGUAACCGUGGGGAAAAGGAAGUCGGUGAGGGGGUCUGACUCGACGCACGGCCCGCUCGUGCUGAAGCGCUGUCACGUCAACAUCCACCAGCAUAAUUACGCGGCGCACCCGUCCGCGAGGAGCGAGCAGCCUUCCGUCAAGAGGUUCAAGUGUGAAAGCAGCGGCAGGGGGCUCAAGCCAACGAGUCACCACCGAAAAUGCUCGAGCCCCAAAACGUCGGACUGCGAGGACAACGAUAAGCGGAGGACUCACAACGUGCUGGAACGGCAGAGGCGGAACGAACUCAAGAUGAGUUUCUUCGCGUUGCGCGACGAGAUUCCAGACGUGGCGAAUAACGAGAAGGCCGCCAAAGUGGUCAUACUGAAAAAGGCGAGCGAGUUCAUCAUUAGCAUGCAGGCGGAGGAGAAGAGACUCCUGUCCUCGAAGGAGAGGCUGAGGAGAAAGUGCGAACAUUUAAGGCAGAAACUGGCGCUGCUAAGCAGCUGUUGAACUGUGGGGACGCGGACUCGCCUGGAGCCUCUGAGAUGUUGGCAGCUUCUAGAGACGCUGCACCAAGAUGAGUCCAGGAGCAUAGUGGUUGUGAGGAGCGCCUCAUCCUUGUUCAAAUCGGACAUUGAUUUAUACAGUUACACUGCCUCAAUCUAAUGAAAUUGAGGUUUGAUUUAUUUGUAUUUAAUUUUAUUUUUUAGUAAUGUUCAGCAGUUGGUCUUAACUUAAUGUGUUGGGGGGGGGGGGGGUUUGUAAAUUUUGUACAUAUUUGCGCAGAUGUAUCUGAAGAUUCUAUAUGGAUUUUCUGAAUCAUAAUGCAUUUAUAAAUCGUGUUUGACUACUCAUGGCUUGUUUAGUUUUUAUUCUGUGACCAUUUGUUAAUCAAAGGUUCUGCAGUGGUCCUAGCUUGGACACAAGCUAUCUGCUACUAGUGACCCCAACCCUCUCCACCUGACAGACCAGCAGAACUUUACCCAACCACUCCACCAGUGACACUUUAACCAUGUUGGUGCAUGUUGCCUUUGGUUUUGCUGUGCAGGUACUGUAUGGGGUGUGCUGUCACCAUGGUAACACUCACAAUAACGUUUCAGGUUCAUGCACUGGCCAAGUCAUUUUAGUUGAACACUAAUGAUUUGAUACCUGCUCAUGGAAGCUAAGUCAAAGCUCCACUAAUGUUGAUCCAGUAAUGAUUUGUAAACACAGGCUAUUGCAAAGCAGGCAGGCCUAGAACUUGGAUAUGAACAUGUAGUCUAGAGAGACCCCUUCAGUGUGAGUCUAAUUCAUCUGACCUCAGCAUACUCAGGUCUUCCCUUGUUAAAUAGUUGAGGAUGUUUUAAAUUCCUCCUGUUUACUUUCACACCUGUAUGUGUAUAUAUACUGUUUACUAUACACCAUUUAAACUCAA